ACUCAACUAGAUCGAUUCAAUAAUACAUCAAAUAAUUAAGCACAUUCAUUUUGACCAAACUAACUAUUUGAUCAUUGUAGGAUGUCAAAACCAAAGCCUCAACGUAUCCAUCUCCUCCUCAUCGCCAUUCUCUCAUUUGCCUUUCUCUUCCGUCCAUCGGAGGCGGACAUCGGCACUGCCAGCAAAUAUAACCCUCCUUAUUCUCCAACGGCUUGUUUUGGUGGUGACCGUUCACAAUUCCCGGCGAGCAACCUGUUUGCGGCUGCCGGAGAAAAGGUAUGGGACAAUGGGGCGGCUUGUGGGAGGCAGUAUUUGUUGAAAUGCAUCAAUUCAGCAGUGGCCGGAGCUUGUGUUCAAGGCCAACAGAUUCAAGUGAUCGUCGUUGACCGGGCCUUGACCUCCGUUUCGAAGCCUUCUAGGGCUGACACUAAUCUCGUUCUCUCCAAUACUGCUUAUGCUGCCGUUGCAAAUCCUUCUGCUUCCUUCAUCAAUAUUGAUUUCAUCCAGGUUUGAAGUCUGCAUUUUGUAAUACGUCGGACAGAAUAUAGGAGCUGAUCUUGUUAUCCAUUUGUCUUCCAGCAUUUUUCACAAAGAGGAAAAAGAAAAAAAAAUAGUAAUAAUAUUUAUGGGCUAAUUAAACUUGUCGUGCC